UCACUGCUACGUCUCGUCGAGAAUCUAGGGUUUCUCUCUCUCUCUCUCCGUCCAUGAUUUGUAGCGCCUCCCUCUCUUCAUCCUCCCUCCCCAUAGCUUUCUGGGCUUCUCCAUCAUGUUCAAUUAAACUUUAUUUCUCGCGCCUCACCUUACAGAUCUUCUCUUUCUCCCUGAGCUUUUUCGCGAGUUUAACCUAAUUUUAACUUAUCAAGCUUUGAUUUUUUCUUCUCCGAUUCGAUUUCGCCGAGAUCUAUCAAAAAGGUCUCAAAUUCGUGCGGGUAUACUUCAACGGAGGCUAUUGGGCGCAUUGAAAUGGAGUCGAAGAACAUAAAGGCUGCUAAUUUAAUCGAGGAUGAUGGUGGUUCCGAGAGUGAUUCUACCGUUGGUGGUAGCGUUAUAAGUUUGGAAGAUGACUCGGUCGUUGAUGUUUCGGGUCAAAACCUGGAGUUUUCUCUUCUGGGUGAUGUGGAUGAUUCGGUGAAAGGUCUGUACUUCUUCAGAAACGUGUUCAAUUUGAUUCCCAAAUCGAUUGGAGGGCUUGGGAGAUUGAGGAAGCUCAAGUUUUUCAGUAACGAGAUCGAUUUGUUUCCGCCGGAGUUGGGGAAUUUGGUGAACUUAGAGUACCUUCAGGUGAAGAUUUCGUCACCAGGUUUCGGCGACGGCUUGUCUUGGGAUAAGCUCAAGGGUUUGAAGGAGCUCGAGCUUACUAAAGUUCCUAAACGAUCUUCAGCUUUGACCCUCUUGAGCGAGAUUUCUGGGCUCAAGUGCUUGACAAGGCUCUCUGUUUCUCACUUCUCCAUUAGAUAUCUUCCCGCGGAGAUUGGAUGUCUUAAGAGUCUGGAGUACCUGGAUCUCUCCUUUAACAAGAUCAAGAGUUUGCCUAAGGAGAUAGGUUAUCUGAGUUCAUUAAUGUUCUUGAAGGUUGCUCACAACAGGCUGAUGGAGCUUCCACCGGUUUUAGCUUUACUACAAAACUUAGAAAGCCUGGACGUAUCAAACAACCGAUUGACAACUCUGGAUUCUCUCGAUUUAAGCUUGAUGCCUAGACUUCAAAUUUUAAACUUACAGUACAAUAAGCUUUCAAGUUAUUGCUGUAUUCCCACAUGGAUUCAAUGUAAUUUGGAAGGAAAGGGAGAACAACAAAAGUUGUGAGAUCAAGGCAUCGUCCACCUCUCCAGGAGAUACACCUAGUACUGCAGACUAUAAUUCUUCUUCUGAUAGGAAGGAACGAAAUUACAAGUCGAAGAGAUGUAGUGAGAAGUAUCUAGAUAACCCAAAAGGCUCUAAAUGCCAUAGACCAUCUGCCGAUAUUUCUAAUUUAUCGCACAAAUACAGCAAAAGCUCAUUUUGUAGCACAGAAGAUUCUCUUCCUGACGGCUUUUUUGAUGCUGGACGUGAUAGGCCCUUUAUGCCUCUUAGUAGAUAUGAGAAAAUUUUGCCUCUUGAUUCACGUGAAGUCAUACUCUUGGACAGGGCGAAAGAUGAAGUGUUGGAUGCAAUUACAGUCUCUGCUCGAGCCUUGGUAGCUAGGUUGAAGAAAUUGAACUGUUUAGCUGCAGAUCUAGAUGAAGCUUCCAUCGACAACUUGCAAGUUGCAUCGUUUCUUGCCCUUUUCGUAUCAGAUCACUUUGGGGGAAGUGACAGAACUGCUAUUGUUGAAAGAACCCGAAAGGCAGUGUCUGGUACAAACUACCAGAAACCCUUUAUCUGCACCUGUUUGACCGGGAACCAAGACGACUUGACUGCUCUCAACAAACAGGUCUCAACUACGGCUGAAGAUGUCAUUUUGUCUGAUGUUUGUGAAAAAUCCCUGCGUUCGAUUAAGUCCAAGCGGAACUCUAUAGUAGUUCCUCUAGGGAAACUGCAAUUUGGGAUCUGUAGGCACAGGGCCUUGCUCAUGAAGUACCUUUGUGAUCGCAUGGAGCCUCCUGUACCCUGUGAGCUUGUUAGAGGUUAUUUGGAUUUCAUGCCACAUGCCUGGAAUGUUGUCCCUGUAAAGCAAGAUUCCUCAUGGGUUCGUAUGGUGGUUGAUGCUUGCCGUCCUCAUGAUAUCAGGGAAGAUACAGAUCAAGAAUAUUUCUGCAGGUAUAUUCCCCUUAAUCGGCUAAAUGAAUCCAUCUGCACAAAGGAAAAUUUGGAACCAGGAUGUUCUGUUUCUUCUCUAUCAACGGGCAAAGGAGUAGAAAGAGCUAAUAGUAGUCUUAUCCGAUACAAGCUUGGCUCCACUGAAGCAGUUGCAAAGAUGCGUACAUUAGAGGUUUCUGGAGCUUCCUUAGAUGACAUUAGGACUUUUGAGUAUACUUGCUUAGGAGAAGUACGGAUUUUAGGAGCUUUGAAACAUGACUGCAUUGUGGAGUUAUAUGGACAUGAGAUAUCUUCCAAGUGGAUGACCUCAGAAAAUGGAAUUGAACAUCGACGCAUAUUGCAAUCUUCUAUUCUGAUGGAACACAUAAAAGGCGGAUCUCUGAAGGGUCACAUUGAGAAGCUCUCAGAAGCUGGUAAGCACCAUGUUCCGAUGGAUCUAGCUUUUUCUAUAGCAAGAGAUAUCUCAGGGGCUUUAGUGGAACUGCACUCAAAGGAUAUAAUUCAUCGCGACAUAAAAAGCGAAAACGUUUUGAUCGAUCUGGAAAAUCAAACUGCAAACGGAGAACCCAUUGUGAAGCUUUGUGAUUUUGAUAGAGCUGUUCCACUUAGGUCUCACUUGCACGGAUGCUGUAUUGCCCAUGUGGGAAUACCUCCUCCUAAUAUCUGUGUCGGUACGCCACGAUGGAUGUCCCCUGAAGUCUUCAGAGCAAUGCACGAACAAAACUUUUACGGACUUGAAGUGGAUAUCUGGUCAUUCGGUUGCUUAAUCUUUGAGUUGUUGACUCUACAAAAUCCAUAUUUUGAUUUAUCCGAGCUUCAGAUUCAUGAAUCACUACAGAAUGGCAAAAGACCAAAGCUACCAAAGAAACUAGAGACACUGAGCUCUGAAACAGAGGAAGACGAAUCAACUAACAAACUCUGUGAAGAGUUUGACCUAACCGAAUCUGACUUAGACACAAUGAGAUUUCUUAUCGACGUGUUUCACCAGUGCACUGAGGAGUCUCCUUUAGAUCGUCUAAAUGCAGGAGACCUCCAUGAAAUGAUUCUUUUACAGACAAAAAGAAAGAGUAAAUCUCCUAAAGGUAAUUCCACUUCUCCGCAAAGCUCAAGCCUUUAAAUAAAGGCUUUGAAGCUUAAAAGAGAGAAGAUAGAAAAAUUUGAUCUCAGUCUCUUUAAAGAUUAGAAUUAUGUUGUCAACAAUUUGGGUCUAAAAGCUUCAUAAGCUUUAAGGGAACCAGAGAACUAUAUAGGUGGUAAUUCUUUCUUGUAAUCUUGUUUGUUUCUCAUUUUGUAAUCCUCACUGUUCUUAGUCUGUAUCAUUUGAUUUGUAGACACUAGACACCAUUGUAUCAUUCUUCUUUCAAGUUUUUUGUUUAAACAAAGAAACCUUAUAUAUUUAACGAUC